AUGACUGGCGGCGGAAAGUCUGGCGGCAAGGCCUCUGGUUCCAAGAAUGCGCAGUCGCGUUCGUCCAAGGCUGGCCUCGCAUUUCCUGUCGGUCGUGUUCACCGUCUCCUGAGGAAGGGCAACUAUGCUCAGCGUGUCGGUGCCGGUGCUCCUGUCUACCUCGCCGCUGUCCUCGAGUACCUCGCCGCUGAGAUUCUCGAGCUUGCUGGCAACGCGGCCCGUGACAACAAGAAGACCCGUAUUAUCCCCCGUCAUCUCCAGCUUGCCAUUCGCAACGACGAGGAGUUAAACAAGCUCCUGGGACACGUCACCAUCGCUCAGGGUGGUGUGCUGCCCAACAUCCACCAGAAUCUGCUACCCAAGAAGACGAGCAAGGCCGGCAAGCCCAGCCAGGAUCUGUAA